UGUUCAGUAGUUUUUUCAUUACAUUUCAUUAUUUGCUUGAAUUUCGCCCGAAAAUGAUCGAUUUCGUUGGAAUAAUUUACGCGUUAAUUGUCUCCGCGGGAGGAAUUGUUGGAUAUGUCAAAGCUGGUUCCAUUCCUUCAAUCGUUGCUGGCUUGACUUUCGGAGUUCUCAUCGGGAUUUCCGCCUAUUUUUGCUCCAUUGAUCCUCCGAAGCCGCUCUUCCAGAUAAUUGUCGCUCUCGUGUUGGGCUGUUUCAUGGGCUUCCGUUGGGUAAAAGGAGGGAAAUUCAUGCCAGCUGGAUUGAUUACCGUUUUGUCAGUUGCUGUGCUGAUUUGGGCUGUCGCCUUUUAUUUCAAACAUUUGCCAUUUGUGGGAAAUUCGGGCGAACAGUUGAGGUCUGAUGAGGAAAAUGUGACAGAACAAAAUUAAAUUUGUUAAGAUUUUAAGGAAAAAUGGCUUUCUUAGAAAUUUUAUUUGUUCUUUUGAGCAUAAAAAUGAGAUAUUAGUAGCAAAAUUACUCAUGAUAAGAGAUAUUAUUAUUCGUAGAUGUAAGAAGGUGACUGUUUAAUAAAUGUUUUGUAUCUUUGUCUAAUCA